AUGGCCAUGGAGAGGUUCUUGACUAUGCUUGUCUUCUGCGAGGCGCCCAUCGACGGGUACAGUACGUCUGUGAUGACAACCGGCUCGGUCAGCAAGCUGGUCUCCGGUGGCACGUCCAAACCGGCGUCUCACAAGGUGGACGAGGAGGAGAAAAAGCAGGGAUACUCCGAAGGGUCGACGUUGCAGCGGCAUGCUUGGUUCCAGCUAGCCUUCGACGGCCUCAACUGCUUCGACACCGUCAUGAUGCACUGA